AUAAUAACAGUAAAAUUAUACGAACUUAACACUGUUAGGCUCGUAGUGCGGAAGGUUGGCGGGCAGUAGCGGCCAAUCAGACAGACGGACGUGUAGGGGAACUAAAACUACAGAUAGCGACCUGAUAUCUACCCCGCCAGCCUUCAUGAUUGCGCUGAGGUACCCCGCCACCCAGAUAAACCUCAUUUGGCCCCAAGCCCACUGCACACACACGUGCGGUGAUGUGACUGAUUUUGUGGCGUCAGCUGAUAGUCUGAGGUGGCAAGGUGGCAUCUGUCAACAGCAGUCGGGUGUCUCCUGCAACAGUGAAAGCAUUUGUAAACAAAGUCAAGUGCCACGUAGUGAGGAGAGACAGGUACCAGCAGGAGCAGUAGUGGUAACAACAGCAGGAUGGGGAGCUUCAGCAAGAUCCUGCCAUACUCCUGCUAUGAGCUCGGCCACUGCUGGAAACACUCGUGCUCCUCAGCCUCCUUUGAAAUCUGUAUCAUUGGGUUCAUUGAAAGCAUCAAAAUCUAUGGUGUGGUGUACUUGCUAACCAGUCUUGUGAAUGCUCGGAAAAUAAGUAUGAAGUAUGGAAAAAAGCUCUUGAAGAACUACUUAACAACAUCAGUUUGUUUCCUGACAGUCAAUGCUUUUGGGUACAUUGGCUCCUACUGUGUUGUCAGACACAUUCUGCAGCACUUCAACUUUUUCACAGUCUCCUUUGUGCCAGGGUUCAUUGGCAGCCUCAUGGCCAUCCUAGUGGAACGGCCAGCACGACGAACACUCCUGGGCAUCUAUGUUACCAAUGUGUGAGCUGAGGGUCGGUGAAGCGCACAAGUGGGUCAGCAUUCUCAUACCAGAACCGGUCACAGCAGCGGAGGUUCCUGAACUGAAUGCCAAGGAUGCAGCCGAACGUGGGACCGACCAGUCCACCGUGCAGCGGCGUCUCAAUCAAUCCACCAGUGAACAGAUCUAUGUCAUCCACGUGUGCGUACGUCUGUUUCAUUCGCUCGAUCACCGGCCUCGCUAUCUCCCUGUGCAGGUCAUCAAACGACCUCGCCCUGGUCAGGUUACAGAGGGCCCUGUACUCAUUGUAAGGCUGCAGUCCAUGGUCUCUGCCUCGCUGGAUGUUGAGGGCAGCCAGGUCCAGGCCAGAGAAUGGCUGCCGCUUGUCUUCAAAGAGAUGGUUGGUCACCUCAUCUGUCAAGAACUGGUCCAGUGUCUCCAUGGACACAGUAGUCAGGCCGUGGAUGAUCUCAUCAAACAUCCCAGGCUGGUAGAGUAGGUCUGGGUUGAAGAAGUGUUCGCUCAGCUUGACAGGAGGGUUGCACUUGGCAAAUAUUCCGUCCAUGCGCUCCAGGGAAGGCUUGAGUAGAGAGUGGCCAAAGCGGAAGGCUAUGCCAAAUUCAUUGAGCACUGUUGGGUUGCAGUAUGCAUCGUAAUCUGAGAGAGAGAGAGAGAGAGAGAGAGAGAGAGAGAGAGAGAGAGAGAGAGAGAUAGUCAUUAGGAGUGCAGUGUGUUAGAGGGAAAUGUUGCACACACACACACACACACACACACACACACACACACACACACACACACACACACACACACACACACACACACACACACACACACACACACACCUAGAGUCAGCUGGCCUGGCAUGGAGCGGGUCAGGGGGAUGCAGAAUGGCUGGCCAGAUGAUAUAUUGACAGGAGGGAAAAAUGGAUCGUUCUGAGGAAUGGCUAUGGGGAAACACUCAGGGUGGACUGUCUGGGGAGAGUCACAUCUGCGGCAAUCCAGAAUCGAGUCUUGGAAACCUGGAAGAGAGAGAAGUGAAUGUGUUUAGUGGGUGAGGUGAAGAGAUGCUGGGCCAGGAGUCAGUGUAUUUACAGACAUGAAGUAAAGAGAGAAUAAGUACUUUUUUUUUUUAUCAACACAUACACAGUUAAGUUAAUAUUAGAAAACAUAUACCUGUUAACACUAGAAUGAGAAAGAGAAACAGGAGAUUUGAUAACUAAUGGAAAAAAACAGAUAAUAAUAAACAACAAAGAUAGAUUAGGUUAGGAACAGACUAAGAAAAUAUAUAGUUUUAGUGACAAGUAUGCAGAAAUUAAAGAAAACUAGACAUAUAAAGAUCAGGAGACAACAAAUCAAUAGUUUAUCAGACCUUGGAAGCUACAACUAUGUAAACACACACACACACACACACACACACACACACACACACACACACACACACACACACACACACACACACACACACACACACACCUACCUUUGUUGAUGGGGGUGAAAAUAAUAUCAUGGUCAAUAAACUGGCCCCACUGCAUGACCAUUAGGGUAUAGCGGACAUGCGGUGCAGACACGUCGUUGUGCAUGUUGGUGGAAAUGAGCCGAGGGGAAGGGAGAGGCUUGCCGGUGACUGAAGUGACGCGAGGUUUAGACAGACCUGGGGAUGACAAGAGAAGGUUUAGGGGUAUUUGAGUGUAUUGUAAAGAAAUUCAUUUGUUUAUCUAUCUGUCAGGCUGGCAGUCCCACAGAAGGCAAGGUUUGGGGGUACUUGAUUGUACUGUAAGGAAAUUGGUUUGUUAAUCUAUCUAUCUGUCAGGUUAGCAGUCCUAUAGAAGAUAAAGUAUGGGGGUACUUCAGUGAGAAUUAAGUUUAUAUAUCUAUCUGUGACACUGGCAGUCCUAUACAAAGCACAGACAAGGCACCACACACUCACACACACAAUAAUAACAGUAAUAUAUCUAUCUGUCUGUCUGUCUAUCUACAUACAAGGCUAGCAAUCCCACAGAAGCCAGCCCAGACAAGGCACCACACACUCACACACACAAUAAUAAUAGUAAUAUAUCUAUCUGUCUGUCUCUCUGUCUACAUACAAGGCUAGCAUUCCCACACAGGCCAGCACAGACAAGGCACCACAGACUCAUUUACAAACAUAUUUAUUUAUUCUCUUUCCUAACUUUAUCAAGCUUCAGUUCUUUAUUUCUUGUCCUGUCCUGAUUACUGAUCCUGAGAAUUUUGCUUAUGUCAUCCUUGUCAUGCUCUCUAUAUCACUUUGGGACCUCUAGCUGACUGAAAUGACUUCUCUCUGAUUCUUAACUUUAUAAAGCCUGAACACAUUAUUUAUGUUCUAUCCCUAACACUAAUACAGACACAUAGACAUCUAUCUGAUCUACUCUUGACUUUAUCCCUUACUUCAUCAAACUUAAACACUUAAUUUCUUGACCUAUCCCAAAUACCAACACACACACAUGCACACACACAUAUAUAUACACACAUACACAGACAUACAGACAGACAGACACUCACCGUUUUCAUAAGAAGGACGUAGGAGUCGACUUUUUGCCCUGAACGACUUGCCGAAGGACGGGAAGUUAAGAUUAUUGCACCACCCUGUAGCUGUGCGGAAACGCAAAGUGUGGUCGCAGGGCAGUGUCUGGUCGUCACGCUCAAACACGCUAGGAAUUUCCGUGAUAUCGCUGACGUCAGUGUUAGGCAGAACCUCCAUCAAAUCCAGUACGUUGUUUGGGGAACCUGACUCGAUGUCUUUGAGCUGGCCGUCUGCUGCCCGAGUCUUGCGUGACCUGGCUCUGGUGGUGGAGAGACUGUCAGUGGUGAGGCGUGGUAGACAAAACUGUGGUGUUUUUAUCAUUUUCUCUGUUGUUUUAUUGUUUGCUUGGCUUUCUGUUGUUAAUUAUGGGAAAUUUCUGCUGUUUUUGUGUCAUGUUCACCUCAAAAUACAUCAGUCUAAGGCUCUGAAUAA